AUGAAUAUUAAGACUAUCUUAUCUAGUUCCCUAGCCUUUAUUUUUUUGGGAUUAAUAAGUCUUUUCACUCUAUUCGCACUUUCAAAGUCUCACAGAAUUAAAACAUCGAAUUCGGUUUAUAAUAGCUCCGAAUUAAACUCAAAACGUGGCCCUAGCAAUCAAAAUGCUGCCUACAUAAUAACUAAUCUUCGCCAAUCCUCUGUUAUCCAAGCAACAAAUUUAAGCCCCACUAACGGGCCAAUUAACUCAAUAGUAAAGAUAUCUAUUUAUGGAAUAGGAUUUUCAUUAUUUCCAAAAUUAUUUGUACACUUCGAUGUUACUGAAGGCCCUUAUGAAGUAGUGCCAGCUUCUGCCAUUUCAGACACUCUUUUAGAAGUUGAUACACCAUCCGGUUUAUCUUAUGGCGAGUCAGGUAAAUCAGUUUUGGUUAGCAUACAUUCACAUCCGGAUAUAAUGCUCCAAAGUUCAAACGCACUAAUAUUCCGUUUUUAUGAGGUACCAAUAAUUAGCUUAAUUUCUCCUAACCAUACAGGGAUGUCUGGUGGAUCAGAGAUAAAGAUCUUUGGAACUGGGUUAUUUGCGUCCGAUGAUUUAAAAUGUCUCUUUCAAAGUAAAGAAAGAUCUAAAAUUGUAGAUGCAACAUAUUCAAUGAGUACCUUUGAUAUUUCAACCAUGAAAAAUUUUCUUCAUGAAAAUUAUAACAAAAAUACCCUUGAAAGUGCAUUGAUUACUCAACUCAACAAAAACUUACCGGAUACUGAAAUAAAAACCAUAAUUGACAAUAUUUUAAAUCAUAAUCCAAUGCCAUCAAUAAUUUGUGAGUGCCCAUCGUGGACUGUAUCUGAAAAAGUAUCUCUUUCUAUUUCAUUUAAUGGAGUUCAGUAUCACAUAUGUACUGAUGGAUUUACUUUUGAGGAAGAAUCUUCUCUUUUUGGAAAUGUUGCUCAUGUAGUCAAAGAAAGAGACACCCCUUCUGAAAUUGUUUCGGAAGAUGAAAUUGAAUUAAAAAAUCUACAAUACAGAACAAACAAUAGUAAAAUUAUUUCUUCUGAAAUUGUAUUAAAAAAUGUUAAUUCAAAAUCAAAUUCCCACUACAUUACCCAUAACCAUCAGAUAAACGAUCUACACAAGUAUACAGAUAAUUCUGGUAAUACUUAUACAUUAAGUAAUUCAUCUAAUGCUUCGUUAUUACAUAGCGAUUAUGGGCUUUUUCUUGAGAUUGUUAUUUUGUUCUAUUCUUCAUUUAUAUUUGGUACUGUUUGCAAAUUUAUUGGGUUACCAUUAUUACUAGGAUACAUCAUUGGCGGAUAUAUAGUAGGACCUUCAGGAUUUGGUUACAUAUCGCAACCCAUACAAAUUAUUUCAAUCGCACAAAUUGGUGUAUGCUUGAUUCUAUUCACACUUGGGCUCGAGUUUUCUAUUAAGAGAGUCCUUUCAAUUGGUAAAUCUGUAAUUUAUUGUGCAGUUUCAUCAAUGUUAUUUUUUGUAUGUUUGUGUAGUGCGUAUUCUAUAUUGAUUGGAACACCAAUCAAUGAAGGAAUUUUUAUUGGGUCAUUUAUAUCGAUGAGCUCAACUGCAGUUGUAAUUUGCGAACUACAAAUUGAAUCAAAUGAAAGCAUGCUUACAGUUGGCAUUUUAAUAUUACAGGAUUUACUUUUAGGAAUUUUACUUGCUCUAAUACCAGCUCUACAAAUUACUUCAAUUGACAAUGUCUCUCCAAGAGCCUCGAAUACAAAUGAUUUCUCAAAUGAGUUUAACCAAUCAAAAAUACAUCGAAUACCAAUUUUAUUUGUUUAUUUUUGUUUAUUUUUAUGGAAAAUUAUUAAACCUUUUAUAAUAUUAAUGAUAUUCUUUUUAAUAUCAUUUGUUGUCAAAACAAUCAUUUUCCCAGUGAUUCUGUUUAUUCUUACGAAAACUAAAAGUCGUGAAAUUAUUCUCAUUGGAAUUAUAAGCAUUGUGCUUUGUAUUUCUUCGUUUACUGAAUAUUUAGGGCUUUCUAUGGAAAUGGGUUCUUUUGUUGGAGGAGUAAUUCUUUCAAGUCUUUUUAAUGAAGAAGAUACAAACAAUUUUAAGCAAGACUUUAUACAAUCUACGGAGUCAUUGAAAUGGAUUUUUUCGAUGUUGUUUUUUACGAGUAUUGGCUUGGUUAUUGAUGCAACUUUUAUUUGGGAUAAUUAUUGGACAAUUGGAUAUGUUUGUUUGCUAAUCUCUUUAAUUAAAUUAUUUGUAAACUUUUUAAUAUUUUUCACAUUUGGGCACAGUGUUAAAUUAUCUGCAUUUACAUCCCUUAUGCUAGCAAAUUUAGGUGAAUUUGGGUUUGUUUUGGCAUCAAAAGGAAUAUCACUUGGAAUUAUAUCCAGGAAAGUAUACCUUAUACUUGUUGCCACUACAGUCAUUUCACUAUUAUCCACCCCAAUUAUUCUUCGAAUAUUCUCUAUAAUAUUAAAAAGAAAGGUUUUAAAUAUUCCACUAAAUGAAAAUAACUAUAAACGUUUUAAUGCCAAAAAUAAUGGAAUUGUCUCAGUUAGAAGAAAAUUCAAUUUUUCAAUUGGCAAUUCGAUUCAUAAUAUAAAUAAAAGAAAAGUAUUUAAUAUAACAAAUAUUAUAAAAAAUCUAAGUAUUUUUAAUCGAAAUAAUCAUAGUUUAGAUUCACCAAAAAAAGAUUAUAAAUUUGAUAUUUAUAUUCAGAAUAAUUAUUUGAAUUCCCGUUUUCAAGACGAUCGAAUUUUACACUCUAACAUUUUGCAAAAUGCGAGAACUAAUCCAAACUUUGAUUUCUCAUUGAAUGAAAAUGAGCUGGAAGAUUUAAGUCAGGAUAAAGUCGCUAAUGAGUCCAAUUUCGCAUAUGAAACUUCGAGUAUUAGUUUAGAGAAAAUAGACGAAUUUACGCUUGCUCAUGUCACUAAUCUGGGUAAUUCGUCUUCAAAAAUGUAG